AUGGACAAACUCAAGGUCGCAAUUCUGAUCGUGUCCGACACAGCCUCUAAGGACCCUGCAUCCGACAGAGUCAUAGAUGCAUUAACCCCCAUCUUGGCUGCUGAGGGGAAGUGGGAACCCCCCACAUUCAAGAUCGUCCCCGACAAUGUCCUCCAGAUCCAACAUGCCCUAUGCGAUUGGACCGAUGGCCCCAAUUGGCAGAACCUCGUUCUACUCAGUGGAGGAACAGGUUUCGCAGUCAAGGACAAUACUCCGGAAGUCUGUCAAUCUAUUACCAUCCCUCCAGUGCCAAUGCUCAUGACAUCACUAGGCUGUAUCCCCCCUGAUACAUCGCCAUGCGCCGGGAUUGAUGUGAGCUGA